UGCAGACAACUCUCUGAAUGCCUUGGAAGAGGUGGAUGAUGAUCCUCUGUCCGUGGAGGAGUACCGAAUGAGUUACUUCGGCAACAUCGAUCUUCCUCAGAGCCUCUACAAGAUGGGAAAUAUCGUAACGGAGCUCAAGGACAUUGCGUUUAGCUUGAAAGAAUCCUUCAUCGAAUGGUGCGUGCCAUUUACAUCAAGGAAGGAAAUUUUCCAAACAUUGACAAUUUUAUUGCAAGUUCUGUAUCUUUUAUCAACGAAGGAAAUUUUAAAAGCAUCCACAAUUGCAUCCCCAAUUUAGUCGUUUUUUGUGGACCCCAACAACUUUUUUUCGAACAGAAGCACAACAUUAUAUUAGAAAAUUAUGGGUUGUUCAAAAAGGGCAACACUGAUUGGCAUGUGGCUGGGGUUUCCAAGACCAGAUAUAUCUCGAUAAAUGACUUCAUGUGGUUGGUACUCUGGAUUCCUAAAAAGUACAAAAAAAGGAUUUAUAAUUACCUGUUUAAGCAGCAAAUUUAUGUUUUGGAGAGUUCUCCAAUGACACUAUUAAAAUACUCAGUACUCUCUUCUUGGAGAGCACCAUUCGAUGGACAGUACAAGUUAAAUGUUUCUGUGUUUUUUAAGAAAAAUCUUGGUGGGACCAAGGAAGCUUGUUGUGGAGAAGUAUUAAGAGAUUGUAGGGGAAGGAUUUUGGAAAUUUUCUAUAAGCCAUUUCCUGAUGCAACAUCUAGAGAUGAAGUAUUGUUACUUGGAGUGCUUCAUGGGAUAGAUGAAAUUCUUAAAAGGAGAUUGGAAGCAAAGGAUAUAUUAUUGGAGAUUAACCAUAAAAAAAUUGUCAAGGUGCUAAAUCGUGAGAACGAUAUACCAAUUGAAUGUCUUGGACUUUAUCACAAAAUUUUUGGUUCGUUAGAAUUUGAUAAAUAUGAAAUAUCAUUUCAAUAUUCUCAAGGAAACACAGUAGCUAAUAGAGUUGCAUAUAUAGCUUCGCAUCUGACCGUGUGACAGAGUUUUCCCAUAGGCGAUAGAGGUUUUGAAACAGAAGUCAGGCAUGAUCGAUUGAAUAUUCCACGA